AUACAUACAUACAUAUAACAUAUACUUAAUUAAAGCUCUUACUUUACUAGACAAUAGAGAGAAAGAAACAAAAAAAAAAUACCCCAAAACCCCAACUAAAAACAUUUUGUGUUAGCCCCGGUUUGGCGUCUUGGCCCUUGUUGGCGUUCCAGCUCGGUUAAGUUUGCGUGUCAGCCAUUGGCCUCCAUUCCAGCUAAUCUAUUGUGGCAGGCUACAAGACAUGUUAGCAGCUUGAUUAGAAUAGGGCGCACCACACAAGGCAACGCACCGGCAACGGCACCAGCACCAGCACCACCCAUCGUGACAUCGCCCGCUGGCGACUGGCACCGCCACAGAUGACAAUUCGAAGCAACAACCAACUCCCGUUCGACAGUUGCCAGCAACAUGUCGAGCCGUGCAAGCGGCAGCCACACGGUGUUCAGAUGCCUGCGCUACACCACCGGCGGCGGCUACUACCGGGGCAUGUGGCUGGAUGGCCAGCAUCAUGGCUACGGCGUCAAGGCCAGCGGGCGUGGCCUCAUCUAUGAGGGCCACUGGAUGCACGGUCAGCGACAUGGCCAUGGCACGCUGCGACGUCUGUUCCCGAACGGGCUCGCCCAACGCCUCUAUGUGGGUCAGUGGGCGGCGAAUGUGCGCUGCGGCGAGGGCAAGCAGUAUUAUGAGGACGGCUCUGUGUACUACGGCCAGUGGCUGGGCAACCAGCGAAGUGGGCGUGGCAUACUGUGGCAUGCAGACGGACGCAUCUAUGUGGGCGAGUGGCUUAAGGAUGUGAUGCACGGCCGUGGUGUGCUCUAUGCGGCCAAUGGGAAUCGCUAUGUGGGUGAAUUCGCUGACGGCUGCAAGUCCGGCAUUGGCGUCUAUCAUCACCAGAGCGGCGAGGGUCAGAGCGUGCAGCAGCACGGGCUUUGGAGCGAUAACGUAUGCAAAACUUCGCUGAUGCCACUGAAAAGACCCGAAUCGAACCCAGCCAAGUCUGACGAUCUUUGAG